AUGGACACUUUGCGUCAGUUCUUCACGGAUCCCCAGCUUUUUUAUGACUCUGAGCGACAGUGCCGAGCACUUGAAAUGGCAAUCACCAUCCGCGAGGCUGAGCCGCUGUACUACAUCGAGUGCAGACCUUUCAGUCAGCUCCUCGAUGCCAUCGAUAGAAACGUUUUAGAACGCUUUUCAUUAUCAGAACUUUCAAGCUUUAAGCACAACAAGAGAGACCAGCGGGUGUUGAGCGCGGGGAUUCGAACCGCAGAAGAACACAAUCCAGUCAUGGCCGGGAUCUUUGGCUGCUUUGAAGAGUAUCUUGAUGAAGCCAGAAACGCGCUGCUGCAGGACGGAGCAGAUGCAGGCUCGAUCAAAGACCUUGUGGUGCUUAAGCAGCUCGACGCUAAGAGCACCAGAACCCAAGAAGAGCUCCAGCGUGAUCUGUGCAUGUUGGUCGCACCGCUGUGUCGCUUUCUGUAUGUAACCUUGAGCAAAGGUAUUUAUUUGACCACCUCUACAGACGAAUUCAGGGACGUCCAUGCUGUCGAGGUCCUAUUCCAGAGCAUUGCAAGACUCUUUCUUCACACACUACCUCAUUUACUAUUUAACUUUGGCACGGAUGUGGAGGACCCGGCACAGUUUUCCUUUAACAACGAAAGCGUCUGCCUUAUGAUGAAGGCUGCUUUGGAGAUGCUUGCGUCUUUAAUGGCUCUCAUCAACUAUCACAAUAAGUACGGACCAAUACUAUUGGUUCCUGAUGCUCGGCAAGAUGUGAUUGAUGCGCAAAAUAGCCUCGAACACAUCCUGCCAACCAAAACGGACUAUAGUCAGGUGGUGAAGCUAUCGUCUCUCGAUCACCUAUUGUUUUCUAUAGGGAAGGGUGUGAUGCCUAUCCUUGGGGAAUACCUUAUGCAAUGCAAUAAGUUUCUCUCCGCUUUGUACACCGUCACCAACCCACACCGCACAAGGUUGAGCCAGCUAAAUGCUGCGCUGAGUAGCAUAAGUAUAGGCAUCUUAUUCUUUAUUCACGAGCUCUUGUCAAUGACGUACGUCGACUCUUCCUGCCUUGUGUAUGAGCAGCCCUCAGUUCCUGUGGAUGAUACUGUCGGAACGCUGCGCAAUAAGAGCUUUAGAAAAAUCAGAAACUCGAGUAACCCCAGAGACAAUGAAUUUUUAACUAGGAGAGCUAUAUCCAAGAACUUACCCAACAAAACCGCUGUCGCUAGCUUUAAGACUCGAGAAGAGGUCCACGAGUGCAUCAUAUCUACCAUGGUUGUCAACAAAAUGAUAGAUCAGAUCUUUGUCUUUCUUCAGGCCUCUGAAGGAAGCAGACCCUACCUGCUAGCUCUUUCCAUUUUGCACAUUCUUCCUUUGGAUCGCAUGAGCUCCACACAUUAUGCAUGUACCGUCCUUGCGCGGCUAUGCGUUGACAAAUUUCACCACUACUUUGUUGUCAAGGGACAUGACUUCGCAUAUAAACGGCUUAACCGCAAAGAAAUAGACCUUCAGCUUUCAUACCUCCACCUAAUAGCCAAGGCGUCCACUCUCAAGUCCUCCUUCAUAUCUGUUCUAUGCGAAUUCAUACGGCUUACACCCGAGAAGGAAUCUGUUAAUAAACCUAGGAAGACAUCAACAAUGGAUAAGGAUGCAGAGCCAGAACAGUUAGUGUUCAAUUUUGUCUCUGACUAUGUCAUAGAACUUCUUUCUCGCUACGGACGCCACGAAUUUCAUCCCGUUCGGCACGCUCUUGUGUAUCUAAAUGGUCCAGCACAGCUUGAGGCUAUCAUGCAAGCAGGAAUGACAAUAGCCAAGGAGACUCUUGUCUUCGAAAGGCCUCCAAUAUAUAAUGAUGCAACUAUGACCGGGUUGUCCUUCAACAAGAAUCUUGUUAAAGAAGAGAACACGAAAAAUACCUCUGCAGCCGGACGCAGCAUAGGAUCAGGGAGAUCUUCAGCCUUGUUUCGUCACCAAGCCACCCACCCUGUCUCAGGAAGCACAGGAGGAAGAGAUUCAGGGCUUAAUCUAUUUAAUAGCAGCGCCCGAAACGUACCUUUAUCUAAUACCCUACAUAAGAAUAGCCUACCCGAAAGCGACCGUGUUGCAGGAACAACUGUCUCUAUCAUAAAAUCGUGUGCUGGAACGGCGUCCACCGCAAUUCCCAAAUCUUCUGUUAAACCCAUAAUUGAUAGCAAGGUGAUGAAAGCUCUUACAGAAGAAUAUAUUCAUGUGUCCAAAACCGCAAAGACCUCUGGCACGGCUACAAACACUGGCAGAAGACAGUUAGAAUACCACAGACCAGCGAAGAACUUCCGAAGCAAUGUCCCCGAGGGAUACACUGUUAACUACAUUGAGCUGAACAAGCAGCGGUUGUCAGAAGGCAAGCUUGUAGAAGAGGACUACCAGCGUCAGGUGAAGCUUGCCGCUCAGCAGGAUGAAGAAGAGGACUACUAUAUUCUUCAUAGCAGCGACAUACCAAAUCAUAUGAGGACCGUAAAGAUGUAUGAGGCGCUUGAGGAGCGCGAAAAGCGGAACAGAAGGAUGUUCAACGCCUGCAAGGCCAAAAUCUUCACUGACAUGCGCAAGGGAAUGUCGGUGAUAAUGCACAAUGGCACCUACGAAAACGAGCACUUCGACGAAUGCGUUAAGAUUAAGAAUAAGGGGAGCUUAAUGGGAAAACUGACAGCAGCAUUGGGUGGCGGAGCGCUGGAUUCGAAUAUGCCCCUGGUUACCAACGCGCUGGACCAGAUUGACCCCGUCUAUGAAGUUUUAUACAUAUACCACAGCCUUGUGAUUCUGCGCAACCUGAUCUGCCACUCUUCGACAAUGGCUGACAACAAGACACGAUCUAUCCUUGCCACUAUAAAGCCAGAUCUCCUCAAAGCUCUGGUGUACUUUAUCUCUACCCAAAACCCGGUCCUCUUAAGCGUAAGCUUUGAUCUACUCUUCGAAAUCAUCACCUAUCCCGAGGGCCUUUCUGAGUACCUUCAGUACGGCAUUAAUAUCGAUCUAAGCUCUCAAGAAGAAGCCAACGCCCUUGCAAAUAUGGGAGAGAAGAUGGAUUAUUCUGCAUCCGUCUGGGAAAUAUUGAUGUUCUCUAACUUUGUUGAUAUUUUACGCGACAUGAUUUCCGUGGGCCAGAUAGACGCUAUCAAUUUCAUUAUGCGCUUUUUCCAACAGUCUCAGAUUAGGAGCUUUGCUGCAGCAGGACUUGCGCAAGCUGCCACACACGAUGACCCAGCGCCGAUCCUCCGUCUUAACGAGAAGGUCAUUAAAGAGUUUGCCGUCUUUAUAGAUCCAUUGAUCCAGUUCUUCUACAUGACUAGUGACAUCGAAAUGCAGCAGAUUGCGUUGAUUGCUGUUUCCUUCCUUUCGUUCACAUGUGGCCCUUCUACUCGGCCGCUUCUUGGUUCAUACAUCAGCAACCACUCCUUGGAUGUGCUUUCGGGCACAAUCAUCGAUGUGAGUAGGGUUCCAAAUCAUUUUAAUAUGCUAGCAGUAAUUGUCGCUGCUUAUGGUGUCUUCGCUGGAUCCAACGAUAGCCGUGCUGCAGCGGCUUGUGUUCAGAGCAACGUCCUCUCAACUAUAUGCGAGACGUUUGUGUCCCGCUUCACAGACACUAAGAAAGACAGUGCAAAGUUAGCCUUUGUUGAUAUUAUUCUAAUACGGUUCCUUACAGAUAUCCUUGGUAGCGGAAACGCAGAGGUAUUAGCCUAUCUCCAAGAAAACACGACUCUGCAAUCAGCAAUUUGCGGACUGUAUCGGCGGUGGCUACAGACCAACAAGAUGAUGCAUGUUGAUGAGGAUACGUUAGUCCUUUUACCAGGAACGGAGCGAAAGGCCGCUAAGCGUAAUAUUCCCCGUGGUUGUUUCUAUGAUCUGACAACAGACUUCAUAUCUGCCGUCUCAAUGCUGAAACGCUCAGGGUCGCCGGCAAACGUUGUCGAAUCUCUACGCUCUGGAAGUACGCGCACCACAGCAACGUCUCGUGGACGGCCAGUAAAAAACUAUAUCCACCAAUACAGUAACAUCGUGGCCAUACAGUCGCAAAUUUGUGAUGCUAUGGGUAAUGAUGAGUCGUUUGAGCUGCUAGACCUUUUCCAAAAUAAAGAUUGCGAAGAAAGCGUCUCAGGAUCCCGCUCAUUCACCGCCACGAAAACAUUGGGAACAUUAAAUGAAGGGGUUCUUGAAGAUAAUGGAUCAGGUGAAGGCUGCAGAGAUACACAUAUGAAAGGAAGAUAUAGUGAGCUCCUAAACCUGAAUAGCCGUUUCAAGUACAAGGAUUGGUUUCCACCCAUUCUGGACUCUCCAACUGUCGAAAGAAGUCAACUUGAGAUACCUCCAGAGCUUACCAAUAUGAUGCUUACAGAUUUCAAUAGUCUCGUUCUAGCGUUCUUCAAGGCCUUAUAUCACAACCUUGGCUCAUUAGAAUGCAAGAUAAUCAAAUAUGAACCCAAACGCGAGUCCCUCCUUCAGUCAGCGCUUAUGCAAGCAUCUGUAAGAAGCGAGGCACCAAGUCUCAACGCUUCGCUAGUGUCAACUAAGCAUACCAAAGCCACAGUCAGCGAUCUUAAUCUAAGCAGCCUGGGAGGGCCAACCGUUACACUUCCAUCGCUGCCCACUCCAGCGUCAAUGACGGUUCCUGAGAGUCUUACAGGCACUGCAAAGCCUAGUCUGGGCCUUUGCCUUCCUAUCGUUCCCAAGCUUGGAAGCGGUAAGAUGGACAUCGCUUUAAGUACUAAAGCCACCACUCCUCCAGCAGCUCCAGAGGUAGUGCUGCACCUUCCAACCGUCGAUGUCCUGAGCAUCAUAGCUAUGCUUGGGUAUGGUCUGAAAAGCACCCUCGAGAUUUAUCAAAAAACAAGUGCUGUCGAGUUCAUAGCAGCCGACAGAGAGUUCGUCACCGCAGCAGCUACCCGAAUCGAAGAGCGGAUUAUGGCGCUAUCUGAGCAAGGGGCUGCACUGGUUCGGGAGGAGAGGGAUGCGCAGCUGGGCGGAGAAGCUGAAUACUACACGAGUAUGCUGAAGUAA